AUGCUUGUGCAAGACAAGGCCACUCGACGAAUCGAUGUGCAGCGGAGCCUCAUGGAGACGGCCGAGGGCAUCAAAACAUCUUACGACCAAUACGAGCUAGAGUUCCAAGAGGGCGGCUUUCCUGAUGGUGUCCGUGGUGUCGGUGGCCACCAUUGUGGCGGGCCUUAUAUUCGGCUUCAUCCUGGGCGUCGCCAACUAUCGCUCCUACGUGAGGCCUACGCAGCGAAACACGCUUGUAACAUGGGAGGCAUCGUGCUCAUCUCCAAUGCGGGUCUCAUGUGGGCCACGUGUGCCUUCAUCCCGGUGCUGCUGACGUUCUGCUUUCCUCUGGCGGCUAUGCUCGAGGCUUACGUCUGCGAGCCAUACGACGAACAAGACGGAACCAGUCUGGACGGGGCCGCACAAUACUUAUUUAAUAUUCCAAAGGGGAAACUCUUCCAGUACUUCACUCCGAGCAACAUACUUGGGAAAUGUAACGAGAAAACUGCCUACGCAGGCCUUUCGCACCUGUCGCUUUCUCCGCUGGAAGAACUUAACGCUCAACGAUUCCGGCAAGAACUUUUCGACAAAGAUGGAACGCAAAGUCCGAAAGAAUACGUCAAGAGCUCUACGAUAAAGGCUGUCAACAAGUACGCUAAAACCAUAAUGACAAACGUAGGCCAGGAUCACCUUAUGGACGAGGAAUCUGUAAAAACUUUAAGUGCCUCCACGGACAAGCUAGUGGCUUUGAAGGACCGUCCACUAAUAUAG